GUCGGUGGGCAUGCACAAGCCCUAGACCCCUGCCUCUGUCCUCUGGAUUAGCUGAGCCCUCCGUCACUGGCCAUAGUAAACACAAAAUGGUUCAUGGCACACCGCAGUGGGAACAAACAUGAGGAGGGUCACAUGUAAGACCGGACAACAGCAGCCUUCCAAACUAUUCUAGGUAACUUGGAUGCACCAACCUCAUGGCAAACUCAAACCUCCACGCUUGAAAAUUCACAGAGGCUAUGCACACGUGUAUCUUUUGUCUUCAAGGAGGAUAUUUGGGGAGAACGUUUUUGCUUUGAUAUUAAACAGAGGAUGAUUUUGUGCAGAUUCAACAGGGCAUAAACAGCAUGGCUGGAAUAUCAACGGAGAUCUUUCCAUUUAAAGACCAAGAGCUCCCCGCCCACCUCCUGUGUCAGUUGAACAUUUUGAGGCAGGAGCAGAUCUUCACCGAUGUAAUCUUGUGCACCCAAGACAGGGAGUUCCCUUGCCACAGGAACGUCUUGGUUUCCAGCAGCCCGUACUUCCGUGCCAUGUUCUGCAGCAACUUCCGGGAAAGCAACCAGGAACGAGUGGACCUGAAAGGCCUUACUUCAGAAGUCAUGGAAUGCAUUGUGGAAUACCUUUAUACUGGAGCCAUAUCCAUCACCAUGGAGCUCGUGUUGCCCCUGAUGCAGGCGGCCUCUAUGCUGCAAUACGGUAGGCUUUUCGAGGCCUGCUCCACUUUCCUACAGGAGCAGCUCAAUCCAGACAACUGCCUCAGCAUGAUCCGGCUCUCUGAGAUCCUUCAUUGCGAAACCCUAAAAGAGAGAGCGAAAGAAAUGGCUGUGCGCUGUUUCUCGGACGUUGCGGGCACGGAAGACUUCUGUGAACUUUCGCUUCCCGAACUUAUGUGCUACCUGGAGGACGACAGGUUGUGUGCUGAGGAAGAGCAGGUGUUUGAAACUCUCCUGGCUUGGAUCCACCAUGACCCCUUCUCCAGGCGUGGUGCCAUUCAUGAUCUCUUCAAGAAGGUUCGGUUAAGGUACAUCCAUCCGACGUACCUCUUUCAGUUUAUCGCUAAUGAUCCGCUCGUCCAGUCGUCUACAUUGUGCACGGAGAUCAUCGAGUCCGUGCGACGUCUGAUGUUUUCGGUUAGUGCAAAGUGCACUCGUGAACUGAAGCCUCUCUGGACCACGCCACGGCGUUACACGUGCCAUAAAAAUCUGGUGGUGGUUGGAGGCCGCAAGAACAAUGAACAGACGUCUCGAGAGGCGCUCCUAUAUGAUGAGCGGACACAGCGCUGGCAGUGGCUAGCCAAACUACCUUUGCGUCUGUACAAGGCGGCAUAUGUCUGCAUCCACAGCAUUUUGUAUGUGGUGGGAGGGCUUAACCUUAGUCUGGUGUCUGGAGAAAGUGCGGUCAGUGCCACCGUGUACACCCUCUCCUUGAAGACCAACCAGUGGAGGACUGCUGAGCCGAUGCUGGAGCCACGUUAUGCCCAUCAGAGCGUCUCUUACCUUCACUUCAUCUUUGCUCUUGGAGGAAUAGGGCCCGACAAAAAGACCUCAAAUACUGUGGAGCGCUACAACAGCAUGUUUAAUCAGUGGGAGUCCAUGGCACCGAUGCCCACGGCGGUCCUGCACCCUGCAGUCGCUGCCAACGACCAGAGAAUUUAUGUGUUUGGAGGCGAGGAUGCCUUGCAGAAUCCAGUGAGGCUGAUACAGGUGUAUCACAUAUCCCGAAACUUGUGGUCUAGACUUGAAACCCGGACGGUGAAGAAUGUCUGUGCACCUGCUGCCGUCAUAGAGGACAAGAUUUAUAUUGUCGGAGGAUACACUAGAAGAGUGAUCGCCUAUGACACGAAAGCCAAUCAAUUUGUCAAGUGCGCGAAUAUGACGGAGAGGAGGAUGCACCACUCGGCUACAGUCAUCAAUAACAAACUCUAUGUAACAGGAGGACGUUUCCUCAACAGUCAUGAUGUCAUCGAGGACUCCGACUGCUUUGAGUGCUAUGACCCUAAAACAGACGCGUGGACUCCAAAGGGCUCUCUACCGUACAAGCUGUUUGAUCACGGCUCACUAUCUCUGAUCUGCCUCUCCAACCGUCCCAACCCACCAUGACUGCUCAGGGAUCCAACACCUCUGCCUGGGUGUCCCGUUCGCUUCCCUGCUCAUUAAGGGAAAUGAGAAAUGGGCCCACAGCUGAGACUGGAAACCAUCUGAGGAUGGUUGCACUCAUGUGUGGACCGAGUAUAUCUCAGCUGUGGCUUUGAUGGGACACUGCUGGUGUUCGCCAGCAUCUGUGUCGUCUUAAAUCAAAAGAGAUUUGAGCUGGCAAUUUAAAGAGGACCACAGGGAGUAUAAAGCCCAGGACCUCGAAAUAAAACUGCAUACAUUUGCACUGCAAAACUGUCCCUGACCCAAAGUCUUCAGAUGGAUGAUUCUUAUCACAAUCUCCACUCUCUGAAUGAAUUAAGCAGCUAAAGUAUUUGUUAAUAAUACCAUGUAAGCAAGGGACCAUUCCUUUAAAGGAUGAUGAAUGAUGGCCAAAAAACUCAUGAAGCACAUCAUGUUUGAUGCACAAUGUAUCAAACAUGUGGCAAAACAGCUUUGAUGUUGAAACAUAAAGUUAAGAUUUCUAAGAGAAUAAGAAGGUGACAUUACAAAAUAAAAGACAUCAUCACUUAAGAGCAAUGCACUGAGGAUAUGAUGUUUAUGGCUUUCUCGUAGUGCUGCUUGAAAACUGUUUACUCGAUGUCCGGUGACCUUACAUUUGAUGACAAAAUAAAUAAAUUGGUUUAUUAUAAACAUCUAUUUCUAUUGCAUUGGACUACUGAAAUAAAAUAUUCAAGUGAUUUAAAAAAAAAUCAACAGGCUAUUAAUUUCUGAAUUGGUUCACUGCACUUACAUUACAGUAAGAAAUACACAACUAUUGCAUAUCAUGCAUAACAAAGGGGUAUGAAAGAAAGGGGUGAUGUGAACAAAAACCCAGGACUCAAGCCAGAACUCAUCACUAACUUUAGCCACAAGCUUUUAGAUAGAAAUUACACCCCUUAGGCGUAGAUUGACCUUGACAACAGUUGUCAUGGAAACCACCAAUCAGAGUGCAGGACAGACUAUUUUGUGAGCGUCAUUUCGGUGUAGGGUUCAAACCUAUGACUAAGACAAAAAUGUUUUGAAUGGACGUCAAUGGUUAUAAAUCAGUCAUGAUGUUUUGUGUUCAAUAAAGGAGGGGUUAAAUAAAUUAUGU